AUGAUGCAAAGUCUGAACAUGUUAAAUGGUGUGUAUACUACUCGUUACAGAAAAUUGAUAAUUGCGAAUGCUGGGGAUUGUCGUGCUGUUUUGGGGAAACGAGGGAGAGCCAUUGAGCUAUCCAAGGAUCAUAAACCAGAUAGCAAGUCUGAGAGACACAGGAUUGAAAAACUCGGAGGUGUCAUCUAUAAUGGAUACUUAAACGGCCAACUAUCUGUAGCACGGGCCUUGGGAGACUGGCAUAUGAAGGCUCCAAAGGGCUCCGCCUGCCCCUUGAGUGCAGAGCCGGAGUUGCAAGAGAUUAUAUUAACAGAUGACGAUGAGUUCCUAAUCAUGGGGUGCGAUGGUCUUUGGGAUGUGAUGAGUAGCCAGUGUGCUGUGACAAUGGCCAGGAAGGAAUUGAUGAUGCACAACGACCCCGAGAGGUGUUCAAGAGAGCUAGUUAGAGAAGCCCUCAAGCGCAACACUUGUGACAACUUGACAGUAAUCGUGGUUUGUUUCUCCCCCGAUCCUCCGCCUCAGAUAGAAACGCCUCAAACACGAGUCAGGCAGAGCGCAUCAACGGAAAGAUCCAAUCUUCUAAAAGGCGUAUUAGAAAGCAACUCAUGACAGAACUUUGGAAAAAGCGGAAGAAAGCCAGCAAAGACCACUGCUAUGGAACAUAGAUCAGAUCCCCGAUCAAUGGAGGUUUUCACCCCCUAUGAGGCACCCGCGGUGCUGCUGCCAUGAUGCAAAGUUCCACUGUAUGAUUGUUUGAGUAGCUUCCUGUAUUGGGAUUUCUUGUAUCUAUUGAAUCAAUUUGCUAUUUUUCUUCUUUAUGUACAGAUUCAUAAACA